GUGAGUGUGUGUAUUUGUGUGUGUGUGUUAAAGCUGUAUUUACCAGAAACUUGCAAGAGAUAAGGACAUUAGGACAUCAUUCAUUAUCAAGAAACUGGGUCGAAACGGUCCAAAAGCCGUGCUAUGACCUUCCCCUUACUGCAGACUGAAUGUAGAAGUGUGUUUCUACCUUCGUUCAAUUUCCAUGUCUGUCGUGUGCUAGUGUGCUACCCUUACAUUGUCAGAGUCCACCUACAUUCCAGUCACUUACCAGAGACUUACCGAUUCAAAGAGGAGGCGGGGGGAGGGAUAAGCGACACUGUACAGUUGUUAUUUUGUUUACAUGUGAAGCAGGGUCGUGUUUGGGGAGGACUACCUGGACGUGUACCUGGAGGGUUCUACCUGACCUGUCUACACAUCAGUUGAGAGUUUCAAAUUUCUGAAGAAUGUCACUCUCCAAACUGUCAUCCACUGUUAAAGUGUUUAUCAUUGGGAAAACUGGAAACGGAAAAAGUUCACUGGGAAACUCUAUUUUGGGAAGAAAAGAGUUUCUGGUAGCGAGAAGCAUGAGAUCAACGACAGUUCAUCUUGGCGAGGCGGUUGGCGUUGUAAAUGGACAACAGAUUAUGAUACUGGACACCCCGGAUCCAGUUAACUUAAACCUCAGUGAUGCAGAAAUCAAAAAUGAGGUCUCUCGGUGGAAAUCAGCGGUUGAAGGUCCCUACGCCAUCUUGCUGGCGGUGAGGUGUGACGUGCGCUACACGGCGGAAGAAUACGACAUCUACAAGAGAAUCAAGACAGCAUGGGGAGACAACUCAUUCACUAACCGCCUGGUGGUGGUCUUCACGUUUGGAGACAGACAGGACAGAGACAUCCACGAGGAGCUGAAGACAGUUUCCUGGGAACUGAGCAGUGUCCUGGCUGAUGCUGGGAACCGCUAUGUCCUCUUUAACAAUAUGGCCCGAGGAAGUGAGAUGGCGGCGCAGGUAGAGCAGUUGUUGAAUGCCAUUCACCGUCUUGAUAUGAAAUCUGCAGUUUCUCCAAUUACUCAAGACCAGGUGCUCAUUUUGGUUGUCCUGGUUGUUAUUUUCAUGACAGUGGCUGUGUAUAUUACCCUAAGAUAGUUUGACUAAACAAUCAUCUAUAUGCUUAAGGUUAUUGCAUCAUGUAGUAUUUCUAGGCUAAUACGUUUGACUACAUUAGUUGUAAGAGAAAAUACCUUCUGCAAAAUCGAAACCUGUUAAAAAUAGUAACAUCUAGAAAUACUUCUGUUGAUUUAAGAGAUUUUAAAAUAAAUUACUUUUCUGGAACUGAACAGACUAACGCAAUUUCGACGUGAAAGUGUGAAAUAAAAACUAUUCUUAUCAUUGGCGAUAAGACUUCAUUAUUAUGGAGUCUUCGUGUGGUUCAUACUUUGUCUUAGGAGUAAAUUCUCGCGGGCUUAGGUCUUGCCGAGAUCAGUGUCUGGAAAAAAAUCCCCAUACCCUCACAGCACUGAAUGAAACAGUUAAAUACUGGGAAGGGAGAGAAAUUAUGUGCUCCCCCUUCUAACUGCUAUGACUUACCUCUGGUCAACAUCUUACUGCUCUUGUUGGCGCAGACAUUAAAAUUGGGACAUUAAAAUUUUAAUGUUACAUCAGCUCGAAUAAUAUCAUUCAACUUGCCUGUAAUGCUCUGAUGUUUACGUGAUUUCUUUAUAUAGAUAUUCUCGAAACCUAAUGUGUAAUCUAUCAUUUCUUCUUAUCGUUUUUAUAAAUUAUAUACAUGGUAAAUAAUUUGCAAUAA